CUGGUGAAUGCACGAAGUGUUUCCAAUGUCAGAAUGUAGUUUAUCCACGUGAGUGCAAAAACUUGAAGCUAUGUAGCUCCGAUGAGAUCUGUUUUGUACAACAAGUUGUAACAGCCGAUGGUUUUAUUUUGUAUAAUUCAGGAUGCAAACCAAAGUCGACUUGUCCAGUCGAUUCUGUGCCGCUGGUAGGAAGAUCAACAAGUGUUGUAGAACAACGCUCCACUAACAUGACAACGUGUGAGGAAUGUUGCUCAAGUGACUACUGUAACAGAAAUGGAUGUGGAUCAAACGAAAUACCUUUCUCCCAACGAGGACCGUAUUGCUUUACGUGUGACGUCCUAAAUCCCAAAACCGACUGCAAUGACGUUGACAUCUGUGCCGCUGACGAAAUGUGUGUGUUAUAUGCACCACCCGAAUUCAGUGGUCUUCCGGAAACAAUCUAUAGAGGUCGUUGUGAAACAAAAACGGGCUGUUAUACACUUAGCCAAACGUCAAACAAUGACAACUGUUUGACACUGUGUUGCGACACGGAUUUCUGCAAUGAUAGGUGUGAUACUCCUACAAAUACCACCAUUGCUACAACGCCAGCCACAACUAGCCAAACUUCUGCGCCAUCUACAAAAGGUAUUCAUACAGAAAGAAUAACACAUAUAACCACAUUAGCAACUUCAACUCACGGGCAUUGCAAUACCAGUGACGGCUUCGAGUAUGUACACAAUGCGCAUGCGCAAAUGUGUGUCUAUUUUGUACAAAAUCACAGUCACAAAACAUGGGAUGAUGCAAGACACAGAUGUCAAAUAAUAAACUCAGAACUUGUCGUCCUGGACACACACGCAAAAGCUGCUCUCAUCAGGAAAUACAUUAUAAAACAUACUCGACUCCACACUGAUAUGUAUUGCGUUGGUGCCAGAGACUUCAAUAAUCAUGACCAUUUCUCUUGGGUAAAUGGCAAUUCAGUACAUGUCAAUACAAAUGACUGGGAUAACCAUCAGCCGGACACUACUGGACAUGGACAUGACAAAGACUGUGUGUGCAUACAUCGGGGUGAUGACCAUUCGUACACGUGGCAUAACAAGGAAUGCAAUGACAAGGGAUUUUUUAUUUGUGAACGAUAAUAAAUAUUUAUCAUAACUUAAUUAAAUACUUCAUGUUGUCUUAGUUAACCAUUUGUUUACUUAAUAAUGGUUUUAAAAGUACAUUUACGAGAGUUGUUGUAAUAAGUCAGGGAUAACAACGU